AUUUACAAAAAAUUUACGUUUUUAAUUACAACUAAUAAAAUAAAAUAAAAUAAAGCUAAAUAUUCAUCAAGUUCAAAGGUCAAAGGUAAGUCGAAAUGAAAUUAGAGUUAAUGAAUUUUGAAUGAAUGCAAAUUUCUAAAUCUUUGAUUUAGAAUAAGAGCCUUAUUAUAAAACGUCUUCCACUAAUUUGGAUCUAUACAACGCUCCCCCCCAUGGUAAAUAUUGGUCAUUCGUUUCUCCUAAAAUUACCUUACCUCUAAAAAAAAUGGAAUCACGAGGGGAACGAAAUGUGCAAGUCGCCCUAAGUAAUCCAAUUAUUUUGACAGCAAUACUAAAACAGGCCUCCGCCCCGUUGAAAACUUGUCGACUAGUUUCUCAUUUCUGGAAUGAAAUCGUCCUGUCCCUGAAAAAUACGAAACUCGCACUAAAUCUGGAGUAUAAAAUGAACAGUGAAAACAACGCGCUUCCCUUUUUCGAAAUGUGCUACCCAUCCGAUGAUCGAAUCGCGAAACGGAUCAGCGCCACGUGUUGCACCUAUUGGGACCGAUUUGAGCCCCCUCACCAGACUAACUUAUUUUCCUACAGGAUUAUGCAUAUUGGCGACAAAUUUAGCCACCAGAUCCAAAUUUUGCAUAUUUGCAUCGACUUUGAAGACUGUUUACAUGCGGUGUUUCAGAUUUUGAAAAAUUUCUGCCCUAAUUUGAAACAGUUAAAAAUCACUAUCAAUAAUGAUUAUGAUGACAACCUCGCCGGACCAAUUUUGCCAGCGGCGUUGCUUCCAAAACCAAAUUUGACCCUGGUCGAAGUCUACGCCCUGUCAGUGGUGACCCCGUCGCUCACCAGUCUUAUUCAACUGGUCGUCAAUGCCUCGCCAAAUCUGAGGAAAGUCUUAAUUCCGUGGGGAAUUUAUCCAGAUUUUGUAAAUUUAAAAUCUCUCGGAUCCUUGACCACCUCACUGGAUAAUCGGGAGAUGGACGCCGCUCAGAUAGAAGUUAAUCCGACAGAACUCUCCCCAAUGCUGGGUCAGGUGGCUGAUCAACUCGUCUCCUUGUCGUUCGAGGUUAGGAAUCAUUACGGAAGACAAGCCAGGUUUGAUUUCGAAAAUUUUAACUCAACCAGAUUCCGUUUGCCGAGAAAUAUGUCGAAGCUCAAAACCUUCGAGAACGACAUGAUCGACAUUAGUAGGUAUCUAUCUGCAAUUAUUUGCCGCUUUUCCUCUGACAUGUCAAAGGUUACAGCGACUGUGGGGGUGGUUUGA